AUGAGGCGUUCCCCUUCCCCUCCCCUACCAUCCCCGCAAAGACGGAGCCCACCUAUGACUGAAAGACCUCACUCUCCCCCUCAAACUUUUCGCCCCACUUCCCCCUAUCGCCCACCUUCUCCUUCGCCAUCACGUAUCUCCAAUCGCCCUCUCCCGACCCGGACCUCUACUCGCAGGCUGAGAGGUGGAGCUGGAGGCCGAAAUCAUGUGCCCAUGGGGGCUGUGAAACCCUCCCCAGCUAAUCCUUACUCACAGAGACGCAGUAGACAUGGAUCCCAUGGACCCCCUGUCACUCAACAUGUAGCUCCGUUCAGGUCCUCUAUACAUAGUGGCCCAACGUCUUCCUCAGGACAGAUGGGGGGUGUAGCUGGAACACCGAUGCUGGCUCGGGCAGGCUCCCGGCCUGCAGGAUUAAGAGAGUCCAAGCGAAUUGGUACUCCCCAAGGAGGUUUCCACAGACCUGUUAUAGGUGCUCCCUAUCCUCCUUCUCUUCCUUCCUCCAUUCCUUACUCCAACACUGCUUACUCUUUACCGAGACCCUCCUCCCCCCAAACACAGUAUGAAGUCUACCCUCAAAACCUUCCACAUCCUGCACCUUCCUCACCUCAUUUGGGGCGCGCACUGCAGAACCCUUAUCUGCAGAAUGCCAACUACACCACACCUUUACAGAGAAGCCCUUCUCCCAUACCUGGUAGCCAGGUGGAGAUGUUGGCUGAUGUACAGGGGACCACGUCAUUUCUCUCAGGUGGUUUGCGAACCUCCCAAAUCCAGGGAUCCAUGUUAAGGCUUCCAAGUGGCUCUUUGACUAUGUCCCGUGGUCCUGUUGUACCCCCUGUUACCUAUGAUGGUGGUGGUGGGAGGCUGUCCCCCUCUAUGCUCUCCAAUGCCCUGCAGAACCCAAGUCUACGUCAGGCCACCUAUCGACUACCUGAUGGCUCUCUGGUCACCAGAACGGAACCUGUUGUACCUUCCCCAGGUCCGUCACCCCUCUCGUCCUCGAUGCUGUCCUCUGCCUUGCUCAAUCCCAGUUUGCGGCAAGCCACAUAUCGUUUGCCUGAUGGCACUCUUGUAACAAGGACAGAGCCCACAACUGCACCCUCCCCUUCCUCUCCAAUGCUCUCCUCUGCACUGUUAAACCCCAAUGUACGUAAGGCCACAUACAGGCUGCCUGAUGGAACUCUGGUUUCAAGAAAUGAGCCAUCACCAGAGCCCGCCAUCCCUUCACCUUCUAUGCUCUCCUCUGCACUGUUAAACCCCCAUGUACGUAAAGCCACAUAUAGGCUGCCUGAUGGAACUCUGGUUUCAAGAAAUGAGCCAUCACCAGAGCCCGCUAUCCCUUCAUCUUCUAUGCUUUCUUCUGCUCUUCUUAACCCUAAUGUUCGUAAGGCCUCUUAUCGGUUACCAGAUGGUUCAUUUCUAACCCAUCCGGUGGAGGAAAAGCAGAAUGCUGUAUCAUCACCGGGGCUAUCUAGCGCCCUGAUGAAUGCUAACAUGCGUCAGGCAAAGUUUCAGCUCCCAGAUGGAUCAGCAUUGUUUUCGCAGAAGCAACCCCAAGCUCCCUCUGGUCCUAACCUUUCUGGUGCUAUGUUAAACACCAACGUCCGAGGUGCCUCCUACGCACUUCCAAAGACAUCACUAUUGAGGCAGCCUGGUUCUGAUGUUACCACUGAAUCACGCUCCCUUGACCUUUCCAAUGCUCUACGUAACAAGAACAUCCGAUCUGCUACCUACCGUUUGCCUGACGGAUCUCUAAUGACCCGCCCUCAACCUACUGCUGCACCUCGAACAAUUGACCUGUCCAAUGCCUUAUCAAAGAACCCAAACCUACGUGGGGCAAAUUACCGUCUCCCCGAUGGUAAUAUCAUGAAACGACUUGGUGCCCCUAGCGCCCCAGAACCACGGUCACUUAAUCUCUCUGGGGCCUUGCAGAAUGCUAACCUCCGAGGGGCCUCUUUUCGCCUGCCAUCAUUCGCUGUAGUGUCACCCCAGGUCCAGGGGUCCGGCCCUGAAGAGCACUGGGCACAGGGCCCUGGAGUUGAAGGCUUGGGGCAAGAUGUGGAUGUGUGGGGUGCAGAGAGAGUUCUACCUCACGGGACAGUGCAGAACCUCAAUAAGUGGUCCAUGUAUAGAGACGGGGAGCUGCUGGAUCCCCACAGCCCGAUGGGACAGGGACAAGUUGGUCUUGAACAAGGGGAGUGGAAUCUGAGCAGGGAGGGGGAACCACAGGGGCAGUGGUAUGACAAGAUGUACUCCAUCAGAAGCCUGCCCACCAUGGCAGCCCGUGAGCAACGAGAGGAAGAUGGAGUGGAAGAUAUGACACAGCUAGAGGAGAUGCACGAAGGGGUUGUUCUGCUGAACCUGAGGCAAAGAUUUGAGAGGGAGAUUAUAUAUACAUACAUCGGUAGUAUUCUGGUUUCUGUGAACCCCUAUAAGAUGUACAACAUCUAUGGGACGGACAUGGUGCUGCUGUACAAGGGUCAUGCUUUGGGAGAGAACCCUCCGCAUUUGUUUGCCAUAGCAAACGCUGCUUAUUCCAAAAUGAUGGAUGCCAAUCACAACCAGGUCAUAAUAAUAAGUGGAGAGAGCGGGUCUGGGAAAACAGAAGCCACCAAACUGGUCCUUCGCUAUCUAGCAGCAAUGCAUCACAAAUGCAAUCUUGUGCAUCAGAUUGAGAUACUUGAGGCUGCUCCUCUGAUGGAAUCUUUUGGAAAUGCCAAAACUGUACGGAACGAUAAUUCAAGUCGCUUCGGGAAAUACAUAGAGAUCUUUCUGGAGGAUGGUGUGAUCAGUGGUGCCAUAACCUCUCAAUAUCUACUGGAAAAGUCCCGUAUCGUCUUCCAGGCCAAAGAUGAGAGGAACUAUCAUAUCUUCUACGAGAUGCUGGCAGGUCUUCCCUCGCAGCAGAGGCAGGCUUUCUAUCUUCAAGAGGCGGAGACCUACUAUUACCUCAACCAGGGGGGGGAUUGUGGGAUAACAGGAAAGAAUGACGCAGAGGACUUCCUGCGUCUGCUCGCUGCCAUGGAGAUCCUGCACUUCACCCCUGACGACCAGUCGGCCAUCUUUAGAGUUCUUUCUUCCAUUCUGCACCUCGGCAACGUCUACUUCCAGAGGCAUGAGGCCGACGGCCAGGAGAUGGCGUCAGUGGUGAGCGCUCAGGAGAUCAGAGUGGUGGCCGAGCUGCUGCAGAUCUCUCCGGAGGGAUUACAGAAAGCCAUCACAUACAAAACCACAGAGACGAUGAGGGACAAAAUCUACACCCCGUUGACUGUGGAAAGUGCUGUUGAUGCCAGAGAUGCUGUUGCCAAGAUCCUGUACUCGCUGCUCUUCCAUUGGUUAACAGAGAGGAUCAACGCUCAGGUGUAUCCCCGCCAACACUCCCUCUCCAUCUCCAUCCUGGACAUUUACGGAUUUGAGGAUCUGGCCUUCAACAGCUUCGAGCAGCUUUGCAUUAAUUAUGCAAACGAAUACCUGCAGUCCUUCUUCAACAGGAUCGUUUUCAGGGAGGAGCAGGAGGAGUACAGACGGGAACAGAUCCCCUGGCAGGACAUCCCAUUCAGUGACAACCAGCCCUGCAUCGACCUCAUUGCCGCUAAGCCUCAUGGGAUGCUGAGGAUCCUGGACGACCAGAGCUGUUUCCCACAGGCGACAGACCACACCUUUCUCCAAAAGUGUCACUAUCACCACGGCAACAACCCAUUGUAUAUGAAGCCAAAGAUGCCCCUCCCGGAGUUCACCAUCAAGCACUUCGCUGGACGGGUCACCUACCAGGUUUACAAGUUCCUUGAUAAGAACUACGACCAGGUCCGACAGGAUGUUCUGGACCUGUUCAUUCAGAGCAAGAACAAGAUGGUGUCAAACCUCUUCCUGGUUCACGCAGAGGUCACAGGUCAGCAGAGAGGUCACAUGAGGAAGAGCAGCACGGUCACCAGGAGAUACCAAGCGCCCACCGUCAGCAACAAGUUCCAACAGUCUCUGCUGGAGCUGGUGGAGAAGAUGGAGAGGUGCAACCCUGUAUUUGUACGCUGCAUUAAGCCAAAUAAUAUGAAGCAACCGGGUGUAUUUGAGGACGAGAUGGUCGGCAGUCAGCUGAGACACUCAGGUGUGCUCGAGACCAUCAGGAUCCGAAGAGAGGGGUAUCCUGUCAGAAUGCCAUUCUACAUCUUCCUGUUCAGGUAUAAGUCCCUGGUGGGGUUACGAGAGCCUCCAGCAGCGAAUGGAGACAACUGUAUAAUAAUGCUCAGCAAACUGUGUCUUCUCCGGCCUGGAGACUUCCACGUUGGAGUCACAAAGCUGUUUCUGAAGGAGGACAUCUACCAGUUGUUGGAGUGUAAGCGGGAGCGCUCCCGUCAGCUCGCCGCUCUCACCCUGCAGCGCUACACCCGCAUGUUCUUCGUCAGGAAACGCUUCGUAGCUUUUCGCAGGAAGAUAAUCGGGCUGCAGGCUCAGUGCCGAGGCUUCCUCACCAGGAAGCGCUAUGUGAAAAUGAGGCAGAGUCUGGUUCGGUUUCGCUCUCUCGUCCACAUGUACGUCAACCGCAAGCAAUACAUCAAGAUGAAGUUUGAAGCCCAGAGGAUAGCUGAGGAGGAGAGAAGGAGGAGAGAGAUGGAGCUGACCAGGAGGGAGGUGGUGAACGUCACACACCUGGUGAUCCCUGCAGAGCUGGGAGCGUUACUGCUGGCAGCCGGAGGUCUGAGGGAGUUGCACUCAGACUGUCUGGCUCUUCUUCAAACUCCUCACAUCCAGGAAGAAGCUCAACUCACCCUGCCUCUGGACAUCAACAACUACCCGUUUUUCCGCUAUGUGCAGAUCUACUUUAGGGAACCAAAGUUUGGGAUGUUGACGGCGCCUCUGGAGUCUCCACUGACCCGUGUGGAGGAGGACCUGAAAGGAGAGGCUCUGCAGCUCUUCAUCAUGGUACUGCGAUUCAUGGGGGACCCUCACCUGAACGGGGCUCAGGAAAACAUGUUUGGGAACUACAUCAUCCAGAGGAGCCUGUCGUCUCCAGGGUUACAGGACGAGAUCCUGGCUCAGGUGGUGAACCAGGUGUGGAGGAACGUGAACUCUGAGAACGCCGAGCGAGGCUGGCUGCUGCUGCUGGCCGGCGUCUGCAGCUUCGCCCCCUCCGCCAGGAUGGACAAAUAUCUACUCAAGUUUGUUUCUGACCACGCCCCCGCUGGUUGCCAGGCGCUGCUGCAACACAGGCUAAUUCAAGCCAAUCAGAAGACACACCUAGGGUCUGGCUCCACCCCCGAGACUGCACGGACCUAUCCGCUGUCGCUCCUGGAGUGGACGGCCAAUAGGAAGAAGGCUAACAUGGUGUUGCACGUGCACUGCUUUGACGGCGCAUCGUUCCUGUGUCCGGUCCAUUCCUGGACGAGUGGGGAGGAAUUAGCAGGGGACAUUCUGCGCCACAGAGGGGUGUCGGACUGGUGGAGGGGGAGUUCAGUCCUGAUGAAGGAGCACGGCCAGUGGGUGGAGUUAGCGGGUCACGACUAUGUGAUGGACCUGAUCUCAGACCUGGAGCUUCCUCCUGACUUCCCAAAGCAGAAGAGCUACUUCAUCAUCAGCAGCGACGACCCGGCCAGAGUCAGAGCCAACGCCAGCUUUGCUCUGUUUGGCAGUGGCUUUGAUUCUGAUGAGGAUCUUCCUCUCAGAAACAGCAGACCAGCCUACAGUCUGCCGGACUCUGACGGUUACCACAGCCACGUGGAGUCCGAUGCGUUCAGUGACGGUCAGACUCAGAGAGGGAUGGACCGGUACCUCGACAGUCUGUUCGACCCGGUGCUGUCAGACAGCAGCAUAGACAUGGAAAAGUCUGGACGUUUCUCAGCGAGGAUGAAGGGAGGAGGAGGUGUCGGCAUGACAGGAGGAGGAAGAGGAGAGGGGGAGACCCAACCAGCCCCCAGUCGGCCUUACCCACCAGGGAUACACCCCGGAGGAUCUGAGCACAUGGUACUGACCCAACAGCAGCAGGCCAUCAUCAACCAGCAAGCUAUCAUUCUGGCCCAGCAGAUGACCAUGCAGGCCAUAGCGAUCCAGCAGCAGAUGUUGUCCGUCUUCCCCCCCGCUGCCCCGGCGCCUCAGUCCCCGCCCGCACAGCAUCACAUGACACAAUACUCCAGUCCUACCAGAGAGAGUGAGGAGUCGCCGUACAAGCCUGCUGCCGUUCAGCGCAAAACGAGUCCGACCCGUGGCCCCCCUCCUGAGGACGUGGUACGAUCCAGUGCCAGUAACACAGAGCGCAUCGAUCCCAGCCACAACAUCAAAGACAUUAUCAAACAGCAUCAUCCCGCCGACACAACCACUUCUACUGGACCUGCUCCACAAAGGAAAGGUGAUGGAAAGGUGUUUGGGAAGAAGUCAGACCCACAUGAUGAAGCUAUGGAAAUCCUUAAAGAUCAGAUGGCUAACCCCCCACAACCGACUCAAAGGAAGCCUCAAUCCUCCCUACGUAAAGAAGAUGGAGGAGUUAAGGUUACCAAGACGACCAAGUCUCGCCCCGCUGGGCCAACCAGCUCCAACUUAAGCCCCGCCCCCCCUCCAGUUUCUAGAGAGUUGCCAAUAGAGCAGGAGAUCAUUCAGACUCAACUCCACAGUAGGACCAGUGAUGAAUAUUACACCUACUCCAACGUCCCCUGGAAACUCUACAUGAGGAAAGAGGUUUUCUAUCCUAAAGAGACAUUCAACAGCCCGCUGAUUCUUGACCUGCUCUUCAGACAGGUUGUACACGACACUUUCUCUGAGGCCUGCAUCCGUAUCAGCCAGGAGGAGAGGCAGAAGAUGAAAGCUCUAUUUGCUGAAAACAAGGUGGAUCAAGUGUCAGGAACACAUGAUGAGACCGUGAAGAAGAAAGUUGUCACCGUGGCCAGGGACUCAUGGGAGAUUUACUUCUCCCGCCUCUUCCCAGCCUCUGGCAGUGUGGGGACAGGAGUGCAGGUGCUGUCUGUGUCUCAUAAAGGCAUCAAGCUUCUGAAGAUGGUGAGGAAUAGCUCUUCUGCUCCAGACUACUUCAGAGUGCUGAGGCCUUACAGCUACUCGGACAUCCUGUUUGUGUCGAUACCGUCCAAGAACAUGCUGGAGUUCAACCUGAGCAACGAGAAGCUCAUCCUGUUCUCGGCCAAAGCCCCGCAGGUCAAACACAUGAUCGACUACUUCCUCACGGAGCUUAAGAAGGACUCGGAGUACGUGGUGGCGGUGAGGAACUACAUCACGGAGGACAGGACUCUGCUCAGAUUCCACAAAGGAGACAUCAUC